AUAUCAGUAUAUAAAAUAUAUUGAUGGCACAAACAAAUCAACAAAUAUACCCAUUAAGUGACCAUCAUCUACUCCAGCUUGCGACGGAAUUUAGCGACCGCUGGGAGCAUGUUUUCCGACAAGGACUUAUUACUGACGACGAGAAUCCCAAACAAUCUACCGCCGCAUGUUUACCAAAAUCACAGAUAGAAGUUUGCAGAAAAUUAGCACCAAAAGAUUAUACGCUUCAAGGCUAUUUCGCUUUGUCAAGAUGGAGAUGGUUCUGUGCUUCCGUUGGAUGUACAAACAAGCAAGCACUGACAACUUUAACAAAUGCUGUAAAAGCAAGUGGAUUGUCAAAUACGAGUGCAAACUUACAACUGAUGAACAAUAUGUCCACUUCACUCGAGUAUGUAUAAAAAAAGGGGUGCAGCAAAAUUCAGGGAUUAAUUCAUCUUAUUUGCUCUGUGGUAUAUUUUCACUCGAUUAAUUAUAUUACUAAAAGCUCUCAUGUAGCUGUUAUAUCCUAGUGAAGAAUAAAUGAAUGGUAAUCACUAAGGACAAUUUAUGAACUGUCAUUACAUGUAUUCGUGUUGGAUGACUAUUAAGUGACCAAAAUAUGUGUACGUAUUCGUAUUCCUUUCUUUUGGCCUUUUGAUUGCUGUUAUGAGAUUUAAUGUCUUCAGGUUAUUCUCAGUCGAUUAUUUACAGCCUCUUAUACACAGUUACUUUUGGCUUGAUAUUGUGUGAUUGUUAUUUUCCAUUUUGUGUAUGUAUAUAUGAGCUACAUUAUUAUUAAUAAUGUUAUUAUUCACGAGCGGCUCAUUGUCACAUAAGUGUUGUGAAGAAACCAUUUUAGGUUUCUUCAGGGAUACAGUAACACGCAUUGCUCAAUAAUGUAUGCAUAAUAUUCGUCAUAUUUGAUCGGGUUCUGUGGAGUUAAAGAGAACAAUUGGUUGAAUAUAAAGAGGAAAAAUGAAAAAAUAAAGGGAAAAUGAAGGUGUUAUGUACACACUUUAGUUUUCUUAUUAUACCGCGUAUAACUUGAGCACUCGAACCCUCCAAGUCGCAUAUGGGAAUAAAGUGAAAGGAAUGAUAAUCUAAAACACUGUCAAUAAUUGUACAAAGCUCAGGUGUUUAUAGUAUCUAGUAAUAACGAAAUAAUCACUAUAGUCCUCAAAUCAGCACACAGGGGGUUAUUAGCAUGCGUCCAAUAGGGCAGCUACACCUAGGGAUUCUGAAAUAUUCUUCCAAUAGGUGAUGGAUGUAAUAUCUCCGGCUCUUUCUGAGCUUCUCAGUGCUCCCUCAAGUUCAUCUGUGGACCGUCAUCACAGAAGCUUAUAAGCGUUAAAUAUGAAGGUAAUUCACUAAUAAUAAUCUAGUAAUAUAAUUCUCUAAGGGCAGGAACGCACCAUUUUGCAUGGGUGAUCUACAAAUUACAGCAUUAUUUUACUCACAGUAUACCUCCGAAGUAGGGUUGUCAAAUAGAUGAAAUCAAUAAUAUUAAAUAACAGUACAUUCGUGCAGAUAACUUGGAGCGUUAUUGAUUAGAUUGAUGCUUUAGUAUUACAUUGGGUACAAUCUUCAAAAUAAUUUCCAAAAUGGCGUCGCGUCCACGUCAUACACCAGAUCCAAGCUCGGCAUAAUUGUGCUAGAGUUCUAGUUGUGCUAGGUAUUUAUUCAAUACAACUUUUUAAGUUUGUGGUUAUUAUAAAGUAGAUUUGAAAAGCGUUUGAUGUGAAUGAUAACCUUGAGAAAACGCGCACGUCAAGCUUGUUCCGGGUGUUGGAAGCUACAUAGCUGUGUCCUGAGAUUGCGAUU